ACUUGCCGACCAAGCAUCAACCGGAAACCAAUCCAGCGUAUCAACCUCGNUUAUAAACCUCGUCCCGCCACUAGGAGAUGCCAAAGCGCAACCCGUCAUGACUCGGGGGUUAGCAUGGUGGGAAGUUAUAACAGAGAUUCAAAUCUUAAUGCCCAAGGUGAUGGUUAUAUGGAUGAUUUAAAGGAGUUGAGAGAAGAGAAUAAUCAACUGAGAGUUGAACUGCAUGCAAGGGAGCCAUACACACAGGAGUAUUCGGUCAAACCAAGUGUUGACAUCAUCAGUCACCAAGUGAAGUUUAUUGUACGAUUACAAUCGGACAUCGCAACACUGACAUUACAAUUAAAACACAAGGAGAAUGAGGCAACUGAUUGUGGGUUUGAAAACGAACGUCUGAAGAUGUUGUUAAAACAAAGUGAAGAGAAAUCCAACCAACAACAUAUUGUUACUUCAAGGAUGCAGCGCGAAAAUGAAGAAAAAUCAAAAACAAUUUUUAACUUGGAAAACAAGAUAAAAAAUUUGUUACAAGAGCAAGAGAAAGUGGUGAUGAGACACCAAGAAGAUCUUAGAAGACAGAAUAAAGAGAAUGAGGAUCAUGUGAAGAAGUUGGAAAAAAGACUCCUGGAGGCUCGUCAGAAGAUGGAGCAGAAUUUUGAUGAUGAAAGGAAAAAUAUGGAGGAAGAAAGAGUUAAAAUAUUGAAGGAAUGUGAAGAUAAGUGCAAUGAAUUAAAUGCUGAUCAUGAUAAAACAGUCACACACCUUAAAUGUGAGAUUGAAAGAUUGAGAUCUUCAUUCUCAGAUAAAGAACUUGAGCAUAAGGAACGAAUGGAACAGUGUGAAGAUAAACAAGCAGAGAUGAGACAAAAUAUUGAGGGGAUGGAAAAACACGUUGAGACCCUGAAAAUGGAUUGCACAGAAAAGCAAGGUUUGAUUGACAGUUUAAAAAGUGAGAUGAAUGAGAGGAGGAAUGAGAUAACUAAAAUGAAGAACUACAUCGGGAAGAUACAAUCGGAGGACCUCGCAAGAUCUCAAUGGAAAGAAGAAGAAGCAAAGAUGAGAAGCCAGAUUGAGAUGGUAGAGCAAGAGCGAAACGAUUUGGUUAAAUCGUUGCAAGUUCUGAAUGUCAGAUUCGAAUCUGUUUCGAAAAUAUUGGAGAUGCAGGAAGAAGCAAUAACUGCUCAUUGUAACGCCAUACCUGAUGCACACAGUCAAAACAAAGCAGCAGUUGUGACAUCACAAUGGAGACAAAAGGUUUUUGAAUUAAUGGUUCGUUGUCAAAGUCAAGAAAUCGUCAACCGUGAAGAAUUAGCCAAGCGUGAAAUUGUGACGAAAACUUUGAACGGAAAGCUACGAGACAUUGAACGGGAAAAUGAAAUUCUGAGAAAUAAAAUCACAGAUCUCGAAGCUAGAAUUGAACUUUCAAAUUAUACGAACAAACAAUUAAUAAAAAGUAAUGAUAAGUUGAAAACGAAAAACGACAAACUUUCAGAUGAAAACAAAGAAAAAGACACAACGUUGACCACUUUGUCUCAAAACAUCGGUCUGUUACGAGAAAAAUGCGUGAGUGUGUGUGAGAAUAACUAUGGAAAAUCUUUGGAAGGAUUUCUAAGACUGGAACAAAGACUUGCAUUUGCUAAUAACAGAAUCAAAACCAUUCAAGAUUUACUGACUCGUCGGGAAACCAAAUGGCGAAUUCUGUUAAAGAAAUCUCAGGAAAAAGUUGAAAAAAAUGAUGAGAAUGAAACGGUUGACCGGGAUUUAUUAUCUGAAGUUGAGUUAUUGACGGAAGAACGAAAUAAGAUGAGUCGUAAGCUUGCUGAUGACGCAGCAAAUUUGGAAAAACUUCAGUUCAAUUUUAACGAGAGAGAAUUAAAUUUAAAACGGAAAAUAAAAGAAUCGGAUAAAAGGGUUUUAAAUUAUGAGGAUGAGAUACAGAAUCUGAACAGCCAGUUGCGGGAAAUGGGCGACAGAUUUGAUGAUUUAGACGAAGAUAAACAAUCUUUAAUUGCCCAACUUAGGAAAGUGAAGAAUGAGAAAGAGAAAGAUAUGGAAACAUUAAGAGAAGAUUUGGAAAAUGAACACACUGAAAAACUAAAGGAAAAUGAAACUCGUUUAAACCAAGUCAGUCGUGAAUUGACUAAGACUGUGGUUGCAUUGAGGCAACUUGAAAGAUCUUCAGUUCGUGAAAAGUCAAGGUUCAGCGAACAGCUUGAAUUAGAGAGAAGUCAGUGGCUCAAAGAUGAGGAAAAAUUAAGACUUGAAAUGAAACAAUUAGAAAAAUAUAAUAAUCUGAUUGUGACAACGCUACGACAAGAGGGUUUAAUGGACCGUGUAAAGUCGUUAAGAAACCAACCGAUAACAUUACAGGAAGAACCUAAAAGAGUCAAAUUCACUCGACAGCCAAAUAUACAUUCCACUGAGAAUGAUUCACAAACUGACCCCAUGAUUGAUCCCUCACCUGAGCCUACUAAUGUUGAUCAAAUGCUACAAGACCUUACUAAUCUGAGUGCUAAGGUAUUAGCAGAUGAUAGCGACUAAAAGCUUGUACAGAGUAUAAAAAAUAUUACACUAUUUUGCUGAUUCUGCUACCAGGCAUAGUUUAAUAUAUACAUUAGUUCUUCUGGUAUAAAAUGUUAAUUUUAUUUAUUAAACCAAAGUUUCAAGACUUCAACAGGAUAUAUAUGAGCUUUUUUUACCCUGAUGAAGUCUUGCCAUAUAACAGGAAAACUUUAGUGUAAUAAAAAUAACAUUUUUAUAACUGAAGGAGCGAAAACAUAUAUUAAUUACACUAAUAGGCAUUAAGGUUCAGGUCAGUGAUAUUGAAGUGCAUAGAUAGCUUAUGGCAGAUGAAAUGAAUCUUAAAGCUGUUUCAAUUGUGUUAGCAAUAUUUUUAUAAGUGUCUUUAUUUUUGAAAUAUAUAUAUAUCUGUCUUCUGUUUGUCACUUUUAUAUACGCUUGUGUUUUGACUCGCUUUUCCUGUUAUUUUUCCAAUGCUUUCUAGAUUUUGUAUUUUCAAUUAAAAUUGUUCAGAUUU